GGAGUGAGCAUUCCAUCAUCCAGUAAACUCCUGUAGCCUUGUGCUACGUCGUUCCCUCCUCCUCCUAGAGACAGAGAGAGAGCGUGAAAGAGAGAACGAGAGAGAGAGAGAGAGAGCGGGAAAGGGAGAGAGAGAGAGAGCGGGAAAGAGGGGGGGAGUCACGCUACAACCAGAGAGGAGACAGCAAGAAGAAGUGAGUCUGUGAAGGGAAACCUCUCUUAGCCACUGCCUCUCACUGUCCUCUUGGCGGAGGACUGGAGGAGUGUGUGUCCAUCGCUCCGCUCGUAGGGCUCCGUGCAUCACCAGGAGCAGGCAGCAGAGUGGGCUGUUGACAACAGAGAGGAAAGGAGAGGAGAGGAGAGCAAAGGAGAGCAGAGGAAAGGAGAGGAGAACAGAGGAGAGGAGAGCAGAGGAGAGCAGAGGAGAGGAGAGCAGAGGAGAGGAGAGGAGAGGAGAGCAAGGAUGAUUAACAACCUGAACGAGUGUGAGGAGGUAGAAGGGGGAGCUAACAACCAGGGUGAUGGGAACCCCAAGGAGAGCAGCCCCUUCAUCAACAGCAGCGACCCUGAAAAGAGCCAGCAGUAUGAGGGCAAGAACAUGGCCCUGUUUGAGGAGGAGAUGGACACCAGUCCCAUGGUGUCGUCGCUGCUGUCCAGUCUGGCCAACUACUCCAACCUGACGCAGGGCAGCAAGGAGCACGAAGAGGCCGAGAACAAUGAGGAGCCCCGCAAGAAGCCUGCUCCUCAGGCUCCCCGCAUGGGCACGCUGAUGGGGGUGUACCUGCCCUGCCUCCAGAACAUCCUGGGCGUCAUCCUCUUCCUCAGGAUGACCUGGAUCGUCGGCAUCGGAGGAGUCCUCGAGAGCUUCAUCAUCGUCACCAUGUGCUGCUCCACGACCAUGCUGACUGCCAUCUCUAUGAGUGCAAUCGCUACCAACGGAGUUGUGCCAGCGGGCGGUGCCUACUACAUGAUCUCCCGUUCUCUGGGUCCUGAGUUUGGUGGGGCGGUGGGCAUCUGCUUCUAUCUGGGCACCACCUACGCUGGAGCCAUGUACAUCUUGGGCUGCAUCGAGAUCCUCCUGGUGUACAUUGUGCCCCAGAUUGCCGUCUUUAAGAUGGAGGGUCUGGAGGGGGCGGAGGCCGAGGCGGCCAUGUUGAACAACAUGCGUGUGUACGGCACGGUGGUGCUCAGCUUCAUGUCCCUGGUGGUGUUUGUGGGCGUCAAGUACGUCAACAAGCUGGCGCUCCUCUUCCUCGCCUGUGUCGUCAUCUCCAUCGUCGCGGUCUAUGCCGGCGUCAUCAAAACCGCCAUCGAUCCGCCAGAAUUCCCGGUGUGUGUCCUUGGCAACCGGACUCUGGUGUGGAAGGGCUUCGACGUGUGUGCCAAGGUGGUGGAGCAGGAGAACGGCACCGUCACCACCCAGCUGUGGCGGCUCUUCUGCGAUUCGGGGCUGCUGAACGCCACCUGCGAUGAGUACUUCACCAACAACAACAUCAGUGUCAUCCAGGGCAUCCCAGGGGUCGCCAGUGGAGCCCUGAUGGAGAACAUGUUUGGGAACUACCUGGAGAAGGGCGUGUUCAUUGAGAAGCUGGGCCUGCCCAGCGUCCCUGAGGCGGAGCCUAACACCAAGCCCAGCAACCGCUACAUGCUGGCGGACAUGAGCAGCUUCUUCACUCUGCUGGUGGGGAUCUACUUCCCUUCCGUGACAGGUAUCAUGGCAGGGUCAAAUCGGUCAGGAGAUCUGCGUGAUGCUCAGAAGUCCAUCCCCAUCGGGACCAUCCUGGCUAUCACCACUACCUCCAUCAUCUACAUGUCCAGUGUGGUCCUGUUCGGCGCCUGCAUCGAUGGGACUGUGCUGCGCGACAAAUUCGGAGAGGCCGUGAGGGGGAACUUGGUUAUCGGAACGUUGGCGUGGCCGUCGCCGUGGGUGAUCGUCUUUGGCUCCUUCUUCUCCACCUGUGGGGCGGGACUUCAGAGCUUGACGGGCGCCCCUCGUCUGCUUCAGGCCAUCGCCCGGGACGGCAUCGUGCCCUUCCUCAGGGUGUUUGGCCAUGGAAAGGCCAAUGGUGAACCCACCUGGGCUCUACUCCUGACCGCCUGCAUCUGUGAGAGUGGCAUCCUCAUCGCCUCCCUGGACGCCGUGGCCCCUAUCCUUUCCAUGUUCUUUCUGAUGUGCUACAUGUUCGUGAACUUGGCCUGCGCCUUGCAAACUCUACUGAGGACACCCAAUUGGAGACCCCGCUUCAAGUUCUACCACUGGGCGCUGUCCUUCCUGGGGAUGAGUUUGUGCCUCUCCCUCAUGUUCAUCUGCUCCUGGUACUACGCCAUUGUUGCCAUGGUGAUCGCCAGCUGUAUCUACAAGUAUAUCGAGUUCAGCGGGGCGGAGAAGGAGUGGGGUGAUGGGAUACGUGGGAUAUCACUCAGCGCCGCCCGAUUCGCUCUCAUGAGGCUGGAGGAGGGGCCUCCUCACACCAAAAACUGGAGGCCUCAGAUGCUGGUGCUGGUUAGCAUGGACGCGGAGCUUAACGUGGAGCAGCCACGCCUUCUGUCCCUGACCAAUCAGCUGAAGGCAGGGAAGGGCCUGACCAUCGUUGGCACGUCGCUGACGGGCACCUACCUGGACAACUUCGCCCAGGGCCAACAGGCAGAGCAGGCUCUGCAUAAGGUGAUGGAGACUGAAAAGGUGAAGGGCUUCAGUCAGGUGGUGAUCUCCUCCAACCUGCGCGACGCCACCUCUCACCUGCUUCAGGCCGGGGGUCUGGGCGGCAUGAAGCACAACACGGUGCUGGUGAGCUGGCCCCGCAACUGGAAGCAGGCCGAGGACCACACCUCCUGGAGGAACUUCAUCGAGCUGGUGAGGGAGACCACGGCUGCCAGCCUGGCUAUGCUGGUGCCCAAGAACAUUGCAGCGUUCCCGUCUAACGGCGAGCGCUUCACCGAGGGAUACAUCGACGUCUGGUGGAUCGUCCACGACGGAGGAAUGCUCAUGCUGCUGCCCUUCCUCCUCAGGCAGCACAAGGUUUGGAGGAAGUGUAGGAUGCGCAUCUUCACCGUGGCUCAGAUGGACGACAACAGCAUCCAGAUGAAAAAGGACCUCACCACCUUCCUCUACCACCUGCGUAUCGAAGCCCAGGUCGAAGUCGUGGAAAUGCAAGACAGUGACAUCACAGCCUACACCUAUGAGAAGACACUGGUGAUGGAGCAGAGGUCUCAGAUCCUCAAGCAGAUCAACCUCACCAAGACAGAGAGGGAGCGCGAGAUCCAGAGCAUCACUGACAGCUCCCGUGGGUCUAUCCGCCGGAAGAACCCGGCAGCAGUAACCACGCAGCUCAGUGUGAGCGAGGAGCAGCCCGGGGGCAGCAAGGAGGAGAAGCCUGAGGAGGAGUCUGUGGCUGUGUCCCCCCCUGCUCAGGAGCAGCUCAUCCACGACAAGAGCACCAACCCCCCCACCCCGGCCACCCCCCAGUCCCCCGCCUCCGAGAGCGCAGCGACCCCCGGGGAGGGCCAGAGGACCUGGACCGACCCCAAGCUGGAUGGCGAGCCAGCCGCGCCUCCCACAGGGGCAACCCCUGAGGGCAUUAAGGACAUCUUCAGCAUGAAGCCUGAAUGGGAGAACCUGAACCAGUCCAACGUGCGUCGCAUGCACACCGCCCUGCGGCUCAACAGCGUCAUCGUGAAGAAGUCCCAGGAGGCCAAGCUGGUCCUGCUCAACAUGCCCGGACCGCCCAAGAACAGGACCGGCGACGAGAACUAUAUGGAGUUCCUGGAGGUGCUGACUGAGGGGCUGAACCGAGUCCUGCUGGUGCGUGGAGGAGGCCGCGAGGUCAUCACCAUCUACUCCUGA